AUGACAAAAACGCCCCUCGUAAAUCCUAGAAUUUCACCUUCUUGACAUACCCUAACCCUCCACACUGAUUCGGGUCUUCUUGCUCACUUCCGUUAAUCGCUCUUUGCUUUCCGGCGAGUCGUUUCUUAGGCCAUGCUCGGCAUUCAGAAAAUCCAGCUAUCGCGCAAGCCUUCAUCACUGCUUUCUUCCGCUCUAUAGAUGAGGUCAUUAUAUAGUAGCAUGGGAGAGGGUCAGUCCAAGCGACUCAAAGACGUUGAAAUCGGUUUUCCAAUUGUGUAUGGGACUAUAUCCUUUUGGCUUGGUAAAAAAGCUAGCGAGUAUAAUUCUCACAAAUGGACUGUUUAUGUUCGUGGGGCGACAAAUGAGGAUUUGGGAGUGAUAGUUAAGCGUGUCGUGUUUCAACUACAUCCCAGUUUCAACAAUCCGACACGUGUUGUCGAGUCGCCGCCUUUUGAGCUAUCAGAAUCUGGAUGGGGAGAAUUUGAAAUUGCUAUUACCCUUUUUUUCCAUAGCGAUGUCUGUGAUAAGCAGCUUGACCUAUAUCACCAGCUUAAACUGUACCCUGAGGAGGAUGGUGGACCCCAAACAACCAAAAAACCAGUUGUUGUCGAAACUUACGAUGAGAUUGUAUUUUCUGAGCCAUCUGAGGCCUUUUUUCUUCGUGUUCAAAAUCAUCCAGCUGCAAUUGUCCCCAGACUACCCUCCGGGCUCAAUUUGCCUCCAACUGGUCCUCCUGAACCUGUGCUUGAGAAGAAAAGAGGUGACACUAAAGACCAUCCUUACGCUCAAUGGUUCAUGAACUUCUCUGAGGCGGAUGAACUUUUAAAACUAGCUGCUGCUCGCCAACAGGUUCAAGCUCACAUUGUGAAGCUUAGGAGACAACUGAGCAUGAUCGAUGGCCUGCCACAGCAGUCUAAAGCAGCUUCUGGACAAUAAAAUGGUUAGUGUAAAUGAUUAACCAUAUUUUGCCGCAACUAAUUUAUGGCUGUAAAAACAGAGAAAUUGAGUGUACUAUGUCUGAACAUGAUUGCCUGGAAUCCAAUUAGGCAACACCUUAUUAAAUUAUACUAUCUUUCGCAAGCCAUUUUAGCCCA